AUGGUUGGAAGCAUGAAUACGAGAGGCAAAACCGCCGCAAUGGCUAAAUCCGCGACGGCCCAAAGCCACUCCACCCACGGGCCCGCAAUCAACAUGGUGGCACCACCACCUCUCACCACCGCACCGGCCACCGCCGCCGAACAUGGUGGAACCUCUCAUCAAGGUGGGCUUGUUACCACCGCUGACUUAGGCUCGGUCUUGGAGCAACUUCAAGCGAUCCCUUCAUUGCCUCCACGCUCGACACACGCUCCCGCGCACACCUCCAAUGAAACCCUAGCCCGUGUGCAAUUGGGCUCCACACACUUCUCUCCUCCUGAUCCACGAAGUCAAGCAGACCUUAGUCUGAGAGUUGACCAGCUAGCUCAGAGAAUGGACGACCAAAGCGAUCUGAUGAGGCAACUCCUCCACCAAAUCAGCUUGGCUCAAAACCUUGGCCUUGGACAACUAGGCGAAGAGAGAAGGAUGGACGAACGCACCGGCAGGCAGCUCAACGGGUACCCAGCAGGUCAAGCAGGAGUAGGCAGACAAGGCGAGGGACAACAACUUGAUCGGCCUACCGACAUGUCACAAGCAUCCGCGAGCCCCACUCGGAGCAGAUUAAGUUCGAGGAACAACAUGCGCGAGAGGCUAGGCCCACGACUUGACGUCCACGCCCGCUUGGGACUGCAGGGAAAUGGAGGACAAUUAGACAACCAUCGCAACGAGGAUCGUGAAGAAAGACGCUCAGAUGUCCACUCGCAGACGAACAUUCACGAGAGGCUACGUCCCCAGGGUGGUCAACCGGAUAAUCCUCACAAUGAGGACCACGAGGAAGGACGCUCUGCUGCUCACUCACGAAGAGACGGCUCUCGUCGACAAGCUACGGAGAAUCUCUCGCAAGCACAGUCCACCAACACGCCGCCUAGGCAGCGCAGACGAGAAGGUCGACCCACGCAGACCCAGGAGGAGGUCAGUCAACGUCGCCCGAAUCGCGAAGGUCGCCAACGUGAUCGACCAGCAAUGUGUAUGGAGGACGUUGAGAAGCUUAUGAAUGACCGACUUCGAGAUCUGAAGACUGGUGGGAACCUCGACGAUGCACUACGCAAGGAGAUCGACCAGGCAAACUCCACACCUUUCACUGCCAAAAUCGAGCAAGCUGCUCCCCCGAAGCGAUUCUCCACGCCUUCGUUUAUCCACUUCAAAGGGGACUCCGAUCCCGAGAGCCACCUAAAACACUUCAAAAGUGUCAUGAUCCUCCACAAGGCCGACGACGCGUUGAUGUGCAAGGUAUUCGUAGUGACCUUGCGAGGAGCAGCCCAAGAUUGGUUCCACACCCUGCCAUCUGGGUCGAUCAACAGCUUCAAGGAGUUGGCUUACGUCUUCACCAAAGAGUACACCUCUUACCGGACGAUCAAGAAGAACCCUGACCACCUGUACAACCUGCGCAAGAAGUCCGACGAAUCCCUUCGAGAUUACAUCAAGAGAUUCAAAGCAGAAAAGGCCAACAUUGUAGGAUGUGACGACCGGAUCGCGUCAUCUGCUUUCAAGAAAGGCCUCCCAGCUGAACACGACUUGUACCGCAAGCUGACUAUCACUCUCAGCCAGACUCUGGCAGAGGUCUACGUGACCGCGGAACGCUACGCGCUCUAG